AUGUUUUUAAUCUAAAACUUCUUAAGGAAAUAUAUAUAAAAUUGGAGAUGGUGCAAAUGCUAAAACACAAACAGAAACUCCAUGUAUAAAUAUCUAUUUUAAUAUCUAAAUAGAUAUGCAGCUCCUGAAGUUUGGAAAGGUGAACAAUAUACAUGGCCUUGUCAUAUAUGA